AUGUAUGAGAAAACUGCUGAUGUUUUAACCAGAGCAGCUAAAGUGAAAUUAUCUAAUAGUCAAUCUAACCAGUCAGUGCCUUCAUUUCUAUUACAGCCAACAAAAGGUCGUGUUAGCGCGAUACCCGAUGUGCUAGAUGGAGCAACUGAAUUUGAUAAAGAUGUGUAUUCACAAAAAUCCAUUGAUACAUCAAUAUGGGAUGGUCUUUUUGAAGGUCUUCCUAAAUUAUCUGAUAAUGAAUGUAAUAUCAUGGAAGGUGAAAUUACAGCUGGUGAAUGUUUAGCAACUUUAAAAGGAAUGAACGUGCGUAAAAGUCCUGGUGAUGAUGGAAAACGGCUGAAAAUGCAUCCCAAAAUACCUGGACUCAUGCCACCAGGUGGCCAACAUAAAACUCUAUGCAAUAAGAUUCUAUUGCCUAAUGAACAUCCUGUAAUUAAAGCUAUAGGAUAUGUUGACGAUAUAACAACGGUUGCAUUUGAAAUACAAGACAAAUAUGAAACAUUACAUAUGUUUCACUUGUAUAAUCGUGCAUCUGAUGGGAAAAUAAAUGUGGAUAAAACCAAAUUAUGUUGGAUAAGUGAUUGGCUAGAUUCACCACUUUCAAGCACGCAUAAAUAG